AAUUUCUCUUUUUUUUCUAAAUAAAUUAUCAUCUCUAUUUAAUCAUAGAAUGAUAUUAUUUAGGUAUAUUAUUAUUUGUCAUCAUUUAUCUAGUUUGGAAAGUUCGUGCACGUUUAUGUCGUCCUUCAUCAUUGUCAAAAUCCGAUAUGAGUAAUUCAUGUUUAUCAACAAAUAAAUUUGAUUUAGAUUAUUGA